GUGUAUAAGAAAUUGAUUUGGGAACUUCUGACAUAUGCCAACUGAGACCAGACAAAAUGUACAAGUUGGUGAUGCUUCUGUGGAUCGUGGGGCAGGUCUCCACAGUUUGUGCCGCAUCUGAGAAACUAGUGCAAGGUGUAGUGGGCCAGUCUGUACAAUUACCCUGCUCCUACGGAAGACAGGAUGGCAGAAGAGAAGUAUGCUGGGGGAGGGGCAGAUGCUCUCUUUUUAAUUGCGGUGAUCAAAUUCUCCAAACUGAUGGGUGGAAGGUGACCUCUAGGAAGUCAUCCAAAUACCAACUCAACAGUCCUCUCAGUCAAGGGAACGUGACCCUCACGAUCAUGGAUGCCAAUGAAGAUGAUAGUGGUGUGUACUGCUGCCGGAUAGUAGUUCCUGGAUGGUUCAAUGACAUAAAAAAUAAUGUGAAUCUGCAAAUAAGAAAAGGUUCUCUUGUGGAGGCCUCUUUGGUGUGAGUCUUCCCUUCCACCUUCAGUCAGUGUUGUUUCUUUAAAUUUCUGUUGGGGUAUGUACUUAAGAGGCUGGUAAUGUUGUUCUGAGUGAGAGGGAAACCUAGAGAAACAACAACAAUAAAAUAUGAAGGAAUGCAGGGGUAUGCACUAACAAUGCUUUGCAAUUGUAUGCUGUGGUAUGCUGCGUAGUUUUUAACUUUAGGCUAUACUUUAUGGGGAGUUAGUGCUUGGACACCUAGUCUUUCCAGGCUCUACAUAAUGGUGAAUCCCUUAUUUAUAACAUAAGGGACCGGUGGCAGGGGAACAAGGUUUGCUUAAAACUUAUGGCGGCAACAAAGGUGUAACCAUGUCAAGGCACAGAGGCCGGAAUGAGGGAUCAUACAUCACCCAACUGACUGGAGGAGAGGAUCGGGCGUGGGGACAACACAAUCCGACCAACCAACCUCAGAAAGACACAGAUGGCAGGAGGACCAAUGGAUCCCCAGCUGGGACAGAGACAACCAACGGGAAUGAGGGAGGGUUUAUGUAGAUGGGUGGAUUGGUGUGCAUUCUCCAGUAGUUACAAAAGGUUCAUCCUUAUCUAUUGGGAACACAACAGGUGUAGCACUCUUCCUUGAUAUGUGACAAAAAUAAAGCUGCUUUUCACUGCUUCUGA